UGCGCGAGGACGGGAUGGGGACGGACAUGGCUGCGCCGGGGCAGCCCCGCCGCGCUUCCUACGAUGCCAUCGUCAUCGGGGCCGGCAUCCAGGGCUCCUUCGCUGCGUACCACCUGGCCCAGCGCCGCAAGGACACACUGCUGCUGGAGCAGUUCUUCCUGCCCCACUCGCGGGGCAGCUCACAUGGACAGAGCCGCAUCUUGCGCAGCGCGUACCCGCAGGAGCACUACGCCCGCAUGAUGCCCCACUGCUUCCGCCUCUGGCAGCAGCUGGAGGACGAGGCGGGCACCCCACUCUACAGGCGGACGGGGCUGGUGGUGCUGGGCCCGCCAGGUGACCCUGAGAUGGAGGGCUGCCGGCGCAGCAUGGGACCCAAUGACAUCCUGGAUGCGGUGACAUUGGCACAGCGCUUCCCCGGUCUCCGUCCCCGUCCUGGCGAGGUGGCCCUGUGGGACGGCAGCGGUGGCGUGCUGCUGGCAGACCGAGCACUGCGGGCGGUGCAGGACGCGUUUCGCCGGCGCGGGGGCACUGUGCGCGAUGGGGAGAAGGUGCUGCGCAUUGAGCCUGGAGCAGUGCUCACCGUCACCACCACCGCCGGGGUGUACCGGGCUCCCCGGCUCGUCAUCGCCGCCGGGGCAUGGACCAACGCUGUGGUGGCACCGCUGGGCCUCCGCCUGCCGCUGCAGCCCCUGCGCAUCGACGUGUGCUACUGGAGGGAGAAGGAGCCUGGCAGCCACGGCGCGGUCACCCCCUGCUUCAUCGCCACGGGGCUGCCCUAUGCUCCCCACGGGAUAUACGGGCUGCCCGCCCUCGAGUACCCCGGGCUGGUCAAGGUGUGCUACCACCACGGCACCCCCACUGACCCCGAGGAACGGGACCGGACCCCCCCAGGCUCCCCCCAUCCACACGUCGCCCUCCUGAGCAGCUUCAUCAGCAGUUACCUGCCUGGGCUGGAGACGCAGCCGGCUGUGCUGGAGAGCUGCCUCUACACGAACACUCCGGAUGGAGACUUCAUCCUGGACCAGCACCCCAAGUUCAGCAACAUUGUCAUCGGGGCCGGCUUCUCGGGCCAUGGGUUCAAGCUGGCCCCAGUGGUGGGGCAGCUGCUGUGUGAGCUGAGCCUGGGUGAGGAGCCAUCCCACAGCAUGGCCCCAUUCGCCAUCAGCCGCUUUCCAGGUGUGCUCCGCGCUGCGCUGUAGGUGCAGGGUCUCAGCUGUGCCCACACAGCAUCACACUGCCCUGUAGUGCAUCUCUGCAUCCCAAAGUGCCACUGCCCCCAGCUCCUUGCAUCCUAACAUCCCCGUAGCCCGCCAUCCUGGUACCCUGCAUCCCUUCGUCGCCAUACUCCACCACCCAGCACCUCAGCAUCCCUGCAGCUGCACCCCAACAUCCCAUCACUGCCACAUCCCAGCAUUACCUACAUCCCACACCCCAGUAUCCUCAGUAUCCUCAUCCCCUCUGUUCCUGCAUCGUGGCAUCCUUAUAUCCUUGUCCCCUAAAUCCCAGCAUCCCACCAUCCCAGCGCUCUGCUCCCCUGCAUCCUCACAUCCCAGCACUCCUCCAUCCCUUUAUCCUCGUCCCCUGCAUUCCAGCAUCCCUGCAUCCUCCCAUCCUGGCAUUCUGAUCCCCUGCCUCCUCCCAUCCCAGCACCUCUGCAUCCCUGUAUCCUGAUCCUCUGCAUCCUCACAUCCCAACAUCCUGGCACUCCCAUGCCCUGGUCCCCCACACCCCUGGAUCCCCACCACC